CAGUAGGAACCCCGCACUGCGCAAGUGUGAGGGCGGGAUUCUCGCGGCCUUCCGCAGGCCUCGCGAGGCUCCCGCGGCGUUCUUUCCGAGGGCCGCACCGGGGUAGGGCGGUGGGGUAGGCGCCCGACUAGGGGCGGAGUUGGCAGAUGGCGUCUGGAGCGGCUCGCCGGCUGGCAUCGGCAUCCAUCCGAUUCGGGGCUAUCCGGAGCGGUCCAAGCUUGAGGAAAGGCGGUGAUGUCUCCGCCGUACGGGCCGGCUCAGGUUGGAGCCUGGUUCCGUCGAGGUCAGUCAUCGUUACCCGCAGCGGCGCCAUUUUGCCUAAACCGGUGAAAAUGUCCUUUGGUCUCCUCCGCGUGUUCUCCAUAGUGAUUCCGUUUCUCUAUGUGGGGACACUCAUUAGCAAGAACUUCGCUGCUCUACUUGAGGAACACGACAUUUUUGUUCCAGAGGAUGACGACGAUGAUGACUAACAGGACAUGGAGGAAGUAAAGAAAAGAAAAAGCACUAAAGAAAUGGUGAUGCUCUCAGCCUCUUGUUCCCCCAUCAGCAGAAAGGCUCAGGAAAAGCCCGCAGUCUCUCAAGUCCAGUGAAGCUUCUUGCAUGGUCUGUGACCAUAGCCCAGAUCUCCAGCCUGGUGGAAGUUCCCUAGAUGUGCUGUCUACUGAGCACUGGAAAAAUCAAACAGUCAAAUUAUGAAUAAACAUAAUAAAAAUCAGCUAUGUGUAACUGGAAAA